CACAGCGUGCAAACAUAACAUACCAAGGACACGCAUUAGACGAUGCAUGGCAAACAAUCAGAUGGAAGAUUUGUUAUCGCGCUAAAUAGAUAAAGCGAUCGCCAUUUUUGUCUCUUGUAUACAUUGGCCAUAAUUCUUACGGACACUAUUCGAGUAUUUAAAACAUCUGAGCGAAAUAUUGCUGACGGUUCGUAUGAAAGGAUGCUACUGUGACAGUAACGACAAACAGCAUGGGCGGAGUUUGCUGCCACAAGAAAUCAGAGACGCCACAGCGUGAACUUGCGUCAGAUGACCAUUAUGAUGUGCUGCAUUUUAAAAAUGGUGUAUCGGGUGAAGUUGGAGUUGCUUAUGAACAAGGAGGAGCCAAUCUUUACACAAGUUUGUCCAGCCCUGAACAGACAAGCGACGACCAAGGACACAGAGGAGUUCCCUGUCCAUCCGAUGCAGAGAUAAGCCGAAAGAGAUCAGCAUUGUUGUGUGCUGCAAUAGACUUCGGUACCACGUACACGGGCUAUGCAUUUUCAUCGAGACACGAUCAGAAAAGAGUGUUCACAAUGACCUCAGAGGAAGGGUCUUCAAAGGUUCCAACAGUGUUACUAUUUGACCAGAACAAAACAUUUCAUUCGUUCGGCUACGACGCUCAAAAAAAGUAUCAAGAACUAUUAAGCCGGGACAACCAUAGGGAAUGGUACCUGUUUAAGGAAUUCAAAAUGACCCUUUUUCAAACAAAGGAGCUUAAGGAAAAUACACCAGUGAAAGAUUUUCAAGACAAAAUAGAACUUCCCGCCAUUGAACUAUUUUCAAGUGCAAUACGAUUCAUUAAAAAGAAGCUCCUAGAAGAUCUCGACAAGCAAGGCAAUGUCGUUUGCGAGAGUGACAUACAUUGGGUUCUCACAGUCCCAGCAAUAUGGAAUGAUUCCGCAAAACAGUUUAUGCGAAAUGCAGCUACAAAGGCUGGUAUAUUGGACGAAAUGCUUUCUUUAGCGCUGGAACCAGAAGCAGCUUCCGUUUACUGCAGAGAAACAUUUUCUUGUGUUGGUAAUGUAGGAACGAGAUACAUUCUUCUUGAUCUCGGUGGUGGUACGGCGGACAUAACAUGUCACAAAGUUGUAGAUGGUGGGCUAAAGGAGUUAAAAAUACCGGAAGGGGGAGGGUUUGGAGGGACGGACGUGGACGCAAAAUUUAAAAGACUCCUCGUAGAUAUUUUUGGUUCAGCAGUUAAAACAUUUAAAGAAAAAUACUUGAACGAGUAUUGGGAAAUGUUGGCCGACUUUGAGAUGUCCAAACGAAAAUUUGAUGGGAAUGAUCAACUGAUAGUAAAGUUUCCUGCGCGACUUGAUGAAAUAUAUGGAGAACAUGAAAGUAUCGAUGACGUUUUGCAGAGAGCAGGCUGCUCUGAAGACAUCAAAAUAAAACGCGGCAAAAUGCAUAUUUCAAAAGACAAAGGACAAUGGAUAUUUGAUGAAACGAUAGAUCAAAUUAUCGAAAGAACGCAAUCACUUCUUAACGUGCUUGAAAAUGUUGACUAUAUAGUAUUAGUUGGCGGGUUUUCAGAGUCAAAAUACCUUCAAACCAGAAUGAAAGCGGAAUUUGGGGAUAAAGUUGUAGCGCCAACAGAACCAAGAACUGCUGUUAUGAAAGGUGCCGUGUUGUUUGGUCAGCGUCCUACAGCUAUACAAACAAGAGUAUCAAAGUAUACCUACGGUAUCGCAACUAUGGAACAUUUCAAGCCUGAAAUACAUUCAGAAAAUAAACGUAUCGUGAUUGAUGGGCAUGAUUAUUGCGAUGACAUCUUUGAAAAGCAUGUCACAAUUGGACAAGAGAUAACUGUCGGACAAAACAUGAAAGAGAUGACCUAUCAUCCAACUAUAGAUGAUCAGGCGCAUUUUGUCUUGCAAGUGUUCGCGAGCUCUACUGAGAACCCCAAGUACGUGACUGAUGAAGAAUGUCAGCAGAUCGGCUUGUUGCUUGUGGAAAUAGACACAGGGGGCAACAGAAACUUUGAAAUUAAAGUAAAACUGGUAUUUGGUGGAACCGAGAUACAGGUGGAAGUUCGGGAUGGACUCGGAAACUUGAUUAAAGACGCGAGGAUGGACUUCUUAGGCUAGUUAAGCCAGUGUAACCUGGGUGAAUUAUGUGAUUCGUAGUGUAUUUAGACAGCAUUUGAUUCCUGAUUAAUCUCAAUAUAUUUUGAGCAUGCUGAUACGAUUACCUUAAUGCAACAAAAUUCAAAGCAUUUAUGUAAAUAGUAGCAAAAACACGCAUACAAAUAUAGGUUUAUUAGGACUAGAUGAACAUUUAAGGUCUCAGACAAAUUCCACCAAACUGAAAAAAGGCAAUACGAGUGCCUCUAUUAUUAAACAAUUAUUAGAAAAAAAUACUCAUGUUAUUAAAAAUCUGAGAUUUGGUACAUCGUAUGAAUAAAAAUAAAUAUUAGA